AUUGCGUGCUCUCAAUCUAUCCUUUAGGAUGUGUGUUCGUUUGUGAGGCUUGUAGCCCUCACAGCUUGCAAUUGUAAGUCCUCCGAUGACACUGCCAUAUUUUGUUUCGAAACAAAAUUAUUCAGACAUAAGCACAUGCAACCACAAGUUCAAAAACCCUGAAUCACAUGUUCUGCCCUGACAUUGCUGGGUUACCAAGUAUACAUAUAAGACAUAAAAAACUCUUCUCGUCCUUAUUACACAAAGCCUAGACAAAUUGCUGAAUACAUGUCUUGCACAAUUUCAAUAUUCGCUCGAAAUGCUUAUUUAUUUGGAAAUAAGGGCUUUUGUCCCAAAUGUAUAUCAGUUUUUAAACGUUUUUUACUACUUAUUUGGCUGAGCUGUUCCUCGGUAUCACCAGGAGAAAACCUUUACAGGACAAAAAGAGAAUAUCCUCAAUUAAUAAAACGAGAGAGAAGUCUCGCUUACUAGCCUUCAACAGGAAAGAUGAGAAAGUACUUGAGUAAUGACUUAGCAUAGUGAUGCAACAUGUUAAGCAAAAGGAAGGGAGAGCUACUAAAGUACAUUUUGAUCCUUCUUAUAAAAUGUGUUACUUUUAACCGCUAAGGGUUUGUAAAGUUCCGUCUUGCAUAGCCUUCUGCUUUCUAUAACUGUCUAGCCUCUUUUCCUUUAGGUGCGUACAAAAACAACGUUACAGAUACACUCACACACUCAUCCUAGCACAUACAAAAAUAGUUGAGUGAACACACAGUAUGGAAAUGUACGAAAGAACACAACAGACCUGCAUUCAAGCUUAAUUGUGCUUCCUGUCAAAGCUGACUUUGUCUUGUAAUAUUAUUGUGCUGACAUACGUUGUCAUGCUCUAUUCUAAGCCUCACUUAUGAUCUCUGUUCUUUCACUAUAAACCUGUCUUACCUGUUUACCCCCUUCCCUCCCUCCUGCCCUGUCUCCUCCUUCUCCCUCCAUUGCACUCUCUCUCUCUCUGCACUGACCCAUCCUACUUCUUGCUGUUGACUUGCCUUGAAUAGCCUCAGGAAAAGUUGCACAAUGUUAAUGUUUGACAAGUAGGAAGAAGGAACUUGGCUUCCAUAUCUCUACCUCAGACAACACGACCACACUCUUUCAGUUCUCCUUCUACUCGAGACUUUGUUUGCUUUUUUGUGGACAUUGCAUAUUCAAAUUUGAGGGACAAAGACAGAACGAGAUCAUGGAGGUGCUAGUGCUGCUCGACUUCGAGGGCACCAUGGGAGACGAGAUCACAGUGAGGAUGGGGGAUGUGGUCAAAAACGUCACAAAGUUCAGCGAGGAGGGAUGGCUGGAGGGGGAGCUGAGAGGAAAGAGAGGCAUCUUUCCUGCUAACUUCACCAAGGAGGUGCCAGUAUGUUUGAUGGGUGACAGCAAGAGGGAACCACGGAGCCUCAGAACAACAAAGAGGAAGAAACAGACGAGGAAAUGCGAGGUUGCGUUUGCUUACAACGCCUUGAAUGAAGACGAGCUGCAGCUGGUGGUUGGGGAGACGAUAGAGAUCCUCCGCGAGAUUGAAGAUGGAUGGUGGAUGGGGGUGAAAAAUGGCAAACUGGGAGCAUUUCCAUCAAAUUUUGUCAAAGAGAUUUUUGUUUCCCCUAAAGACAGCAAGUACAAUGAGGGCAAGUCAAGACCUAAGCUCACAGACGCGGUCUUCAACAAGGAGGGCAUUUCUCAAAGGGCAAGUGUGAGGAACAAGGCAAAAACCGUGGUGGAGUGUUGCCAAGCCAUGUUUGACUACAAGGCAAAGACAGAGGAUGAGCUGGAUCUAAAAAAAGGAGACACUGUUAUUAUCCUGAGAAAGGAAAUAGAAGAUGAAGGCUGGUGGGAGGGAGAGAUAAACGGACGAUGCGGCUGCUUUCCGGAUAACUUCGUCAUGCUGAUACCACCAAUGGACAGUCUGCAAUCUGGGACCACAAACCAACCGCCCGCACGCAACAUCAACAACGAACUGCCAGUAAACAUAGAGGCCUCAGCGAUGGAUAAAAGUGGUCCAACAAAGACAAAAGAUGAUAAACCAGAGGUCAAGGACCUGAGAAGCAAUCCUCCGAUCAAAGUCAAACUACCGUCCAUCAACAAGCCCAGCCCGCCUCCAAUCAAAGACAAACCCAACAAGUUCUCAUCCAAAACCAAUGGCGACGUGGCUCCAUUAUCACCAAAACAACCGGAGGAGAAACAGACGGACCAGUUUGAUGGAGUGGACGUGCAGACUGAUAAACUCUGCCAUCCCACAGCAAACAGAGCCAAGCCCCCGCAGAGGAGACCCCCGUCAGGCCUGGUUACAGCUGCACACGCUACUGACCAAACAGAACCAGAAUUAACGCCAAAAAGGAUUCAGACGGACAGAUUACCUGGCUUGCAAAAGGGUAAAGAAAACUUCCUGCUAUCUCCUGCAAAGCCGGAUCAUUGGUCCAAGACGACGCCUCCGGUUCGACCCACACCACCCAAAAAAGUUUUGGACAGCAAAACAGUGACCCAUAAAGAAGAUCCAACGAUGUUAGACCUGCAGGCGGAGAUCAAAGAACUGAGGAUGUCUCUGGAGCUGCUAGAGACACGACACGACCGAGACAUGCAGGAAGUGAAAGAAGAACUGAGGGAGGAGAGAGACAAACGAAUGGCACUGCAGGAUGAAGUACACAGUUUGAGGAUGAAGCAUUAAUCCCAACAACAGGCUGUGCUGUCUGACACUGUGCCAUGCAGGCUUGUGUACGGCAAGUUUAAACAAAAUGAACAAUUUUCUAACAUAAAAUGAGAACGGAGAAGACAAGCAAGCUCUCCCACUGCAGACAAAAGUGUGAGGGCUAAAUUAAAAUAUAUAGUUGGACAUGGGAUUAGCUAAUCCUGAAUUGAACUGGAGAGAAAUACUUUUAUUGAUGUAUUAUUAAAGUUUUUACAUAUUUUUAUGCUGGAAAUCAAACGUGUAUAAUGGGUUACUGUUGGCUGCCAAUGAAUGUUUUACAUUGUUCUGAUUCAACUGUCCCUUUUAUUACAAACUGCACUUUUAACUUUUACAUCAGAAUAUAUAAUACAUGCAGCUGUAUAUAGGAGGAAAUAUUGUGAUUAAAUAUAUCAUUUUAAGUCAUCCAAAGGGUUUUGUUACUUGAAUGCUAAUACUUGAAGUACAACUGUGAACAAAUGUACAGAAGUGCAGGUGAUUUUCAGACACCAGAAUGUAAUGUUGCAUUGAUCCACUGGGUGGCACUGUGUGACUAAUGCAUAUAAAUAAGUGUUGAAUCUUUCAGUGAUUGGUGAAAGUGACCAGGCAAUAGUGAUCUCUCAUUAGAAAACAAAAAGCGUAUAUCAUUCAGAACAGUAAAUAUGUUAAGACUCAAAUAAAUGGCUGAUGUUAA